CCCUUUUACAAAUAGGCUAUGAUAAUAAAACAACACACUUAUUCUUUUUUACAGUAUACACUUUAUAAAUAUCUCUAUUAUGCUAGACACAUAUUUUAAAAACUAUUCUGUUCGGUUUGAUAGAAAUUUGUUAUAUAACUGAAAUGUGUACGUCUUAAAAACUGACUGAAAAUGCUGUUUGCUGUUUGUAUUUGCAUUUCUCCAAAACUGUAUUUAACAAACAAACAAAAAAGUUAUAGAAACAAAUUAAUCUAUCUCACUCAAAGUACUGUAAGUGACGCCUGACGCUGAUUUUACAGGCAGCACUAUUGAGAAAUACAUGAAGGCCUACAGUACUUUCGUUUUCACGUCUUCUGUGCGCCAAGUCUUUUCUUCAGACAUCUUGUGUUGCACUUUCAUCGACAGGUUCUUUUGUGAAAACCAUAGGAAAUGGAGGGAUGCUGCUGGAUUGGCCUGACAAGGUCAUGACCUUCAGAAGUAAGUUUCAGAUAGCAUAUCCUGAAUUCUUCAACCCCUGUGAGUGUUACUGUUAAGAUGGCAUCAGUCAGAGGGACAACACGAAGAAGAGCAAGCUUGGACAAUCCGCCUAACAUAAGCAGCGAACCAUCACUGAGGAUGCUGGUCUUUGGCAGCUCAAGUCAUCAGAUCUCACUGACGCAAUCUGUGCUGGGGAGGGAUGUCUUUACCAGAGAUGAAGUCAAUAUUUCAGCUACCAAGAAAAGUUCAAGAGUUGUGCAGGAGAGAAAGAUAACCCUAGUCAACACACCAAAUCUUCAGGAAAAUGUCUUGCCGGACAGUAUACUCCAUAAGGAGCUCAGAAAGGCAAUUUGUUUCUCAUGUCCGGGUCCUCAUGCUGCGGUGCUCGUUGUAGACCCAUUUCACUUGACCUUUGACAGUAUGGACAUGCUGAAGCCUGUGGUACACUACUUUGGUGAACAUAUCUUGAAGCACACAUUGAUUGUUUUAUACCAUGAGAAAGACAUGAAAACUCUGUCCAUAGAGGACGAGGUAAAAAAGAAUAAGAGCUUUAGAGAGCUUGCUGAGAAAUGCAGCCAGAAUUACCUCUUCUUCAAUGAAGAAGCAAACCGGACUGAGGGUAGCCAGACACAAGCGUUGCUCACCAAGGUGGAUGAGAUGGUCUUGGAGCAUGGAAUAUUUUCAAACGUGGAAUUUAAGGAUGCCGAAAAAAGAAUUCAAAUAGAAGAGCGUUACAUCAGAAAAUCAAAGGAGAAGGAGAGCAGGGAAAUGUUGAAGAUGCUGGAGAACCAACAUUCUGGAGAAGCGCUUAUCAGUGAGACCCUGAAGUAUGAAGAAGAGAUACAGCUGGAGUGUAGAGAGAAAGCGGAGCUGGUUGUUGCAGACAAGCUUGGCUUCACGGGUAGAUUUGUCGAUUAUGCUGCUGCAGUGGGCAAAGGAGCAUUUGUAGGUGCACUUCUGGGAUUUGCAGCAGGAUAUGAAGGUAUGGCAGUGGGAGCUGCUAUUGGUGCUGGUCUUGGUGCAUGGCUUGGAGGUGCAACUAAUGCAGCAUGGAGCUACAUUUACAAAUCCUUCACAGAUGCCCACUAAAGGGCUACUUAGUACAUAGUGUCGGCUUCUGAUGCCCCUAAACCUCCAAAAGAAAUGUGCAUUAUUGACAAAAAAAUGAUGUACGAUGAUGUAAAAUGAUUUUUAACGAUAAUUUCAUAUUUUGCUUAGUUUGUUUUUGUGCUGGUACCCUGGUCAGUUUAGGCCUGUCAUGGAUAAAUAAACAUGACACUAAAACCACCAGCAAGUGACAGUACGUCAAUUAACAAGUGAUCUACUGACUGACAAGCAGCUAUGUUUAUGAAUGGAUUAUUGAGUCACUCACUUAAAAGAUUUGUUGAUGUUUGCAAUUAUAGAAUGUGAGAAGUGAACAUCUCGUCAUUUCAUAUACAGCACAUGACAUUAACGCACAAAAAAAAAGAAUACAAAUGAUGGAAAGAAGACGGUAAAUGAAGAGGUUAAAAGAUGAAUGUUUCUUUUACGAAUCCUUGACUGUAUGAUAAGUAGUGACAUACAGAGAAAGAUUGGAGAUUCUAAUUGUUACGGCCUUGGUGCCGACACUAGCAGUGAAACAGGACAGCAGAUUAGCAAUAAACAAGCAACAGUCUGCAAAAACGAAAGAAUACGAAAGAACAUUAUUCAAGUCAGUGGCAGCACCCUGAAGCAAAGGCGACCUCAGAGAGAUAGGACUACAGGUUAGCAAGAGUAAUGCCACAACAUUUCACAUUGAUGACGCUAAUAUACAAGCUAAACCAACUCUUGGAAGAAGUCCAAGCGGUCUUCUGUGUGGGUUCUAAACCACUACUGGAAAACUUAAAGUAGGCUGUUCUUCAAAGAGAACUUGAAUCAUUAUUCUAGGGUUGCCAACUCAAGACACACUUUCAGGCUCAGUUUCACGCUCUCACUCUGCCAUGUAAAUCUCAUGUGUCAUGUUUCAAAUUUUGUGGGUUUUAAUAUGAAAUUCAAACAGCAGAUAUCGUUUUGGCACUCUUAAUGUGGCGUAAUUCAUUGUAGCUCCUCAGUUAAAGCCAGAGCCAUUGCGAAAAGCUUCUUUGAUCCCGCCAGCAUCGCCGCCACAUGGUCACAUCCGGUCACAUGGUUCAUGGAGCUCUCAAUAGUUCCAAACAAACCAGCGUCAAUACAUUUUAAUGGAUUUAAGAUGGAUAGAUGACAGCAGUGGCGUGCACAGCCCUCCGGUGGGGUAGGGGUGAAAUGGAUUCACUUUACAGUUUCACUAUACAGGUAUUUGCAGCAUUUUUUUUUGUAUUAAUCACCAUCCAUUAAUCACCGCUUAAAAUAUUUUUACUUGAAUUACAAUUAGUGUAGUAUCUAAGGUUGAAAUAGCGAAAACCCUGGGAAAAUACCUGCUUACUUAUUUUUAAGUUUUGCAUUUGAAUAAAUAUUUAGACAUGAUUAAACACUUUUUUUAUGUGAAAUUUUAAAAGGUAUUAACGUACAUCCUUUUUUAAUGAGACUUAAGUACACACAAGUGAAUAUUAAUGAAACCAAGAAAGCUUAAAAUGGUGCUAAUAAAGCCAUUCAACUGCACAACUGCAUUUAACAAAAUAUAUGUAUCCUCUUAUAUGUACAGUGUAUACGUAUACAUAUAAAUUGACAUAUGAAAAAUGAAAAAAUCUCACUCCAAGCUGAACUUGAAAGUUGGAAACCCUGCAUUGUUCUUGAAUUUGCAGAAUUAAAACAAGACGUAUUUGUCUUUUUAAGUUUUUCAGAUUUAAUUGUGUUUCCAUGAUGUCUGCAACGUUUAGUCAAAAAAUUCUUUAAAAAAAAUUAUUUUCAGUUUAAUAAGACUGCAGAUUUAAAACUUCUAUUCCACUUUUCCGUUUGUGUUUAAGCUUGUUGAAGUGUUCAGCUGCAUUGAUGAAUUUAUUUAUUUAUUAAUUUUCUUUUUUAUUGUCGCUACAUAUCUUACUGAGAAUAGGAAGAAAAAAAAGGUAGCUGCCUUGUAGACAAAAUUUUUUACCCAGUAUGAUUUUUUAUUUUUCUUAAAAGAAGUCACCCAGUAUGCAUUUAUUUGAUCCAAAAUACAGAAAAAACUGUAAAAAUUUUGAUUUUAAAAAAUAACUGUUUUCUGUUUCAGUAUAUUUAAAAUAUCAUUUAUUCAUGUGAUGUCAAAGCUGAAUUUUUGCCAUCAUUACUCCAGUCACAUGAUCCUUUAAAAAUCAUUUAAAUAUUCUGAUCUGCUACUCAAAUAACAUUUAUUAUUAUUAUUAUUAUUAUUAUUAUUAUUAUUAUUAUUAUUAUGUUGAAAACAACUCAGUUGAAUUUUUUCAGGUUCAGAAGAACAGAAGUUCUGAAAUAGAAAUCUGUUGUAACAUUAUAAAUGUCUUUAUAAUCACUUUUGAUCAAUUUAAAGCAUCCUUGCUAAAUAAAAAUAUUAAUUUCUAUAAUUUACCUCCCAUUAAUUAAUUAAAUUCUAUUCAUCAAAGUAUCCUGAAAAAAAUGUACUUAGCUGUGUUAAACAUUGAUAAUCAUAAUAAUAAUAAUAAUAAUAAUAAUAAUAAUAAAUGCAAAUAAUAGCAAAUCAGCAUAUUAGAAUGAUUUCUGAAGGAUCACGUAACACUGAAGACUGGAGUAAUGACGCUAAAAAUUUAGCUUUGAUUACAACAAUAAAUAUCAUUUUAAAAUAUAGUAAAAUAGAAAGCAGUUACUUUAAAUAGAAAGUUAUUUUUAUAGUAAAAUAGAAAUAGAAAGAUAUUUUUAAAAAUGUUUAAUUUCAUUAAAAAACAUUAAAAACCUUACUGUCUGAAACUUUUGAAUGAUAGUGUAUAAAUUGUAGACUUAUAAAUCAUGAUAUAUAAUCGUCAGUCAAUUUGUAAAGCUAUAAACAUGUUCGGACCCGAUAAUCUUUACAGCUGCUUCAUCUAACUGUGACUGUUACAUAUAGCCAUUAUUUUAUAAUCACAAUGGAAAUCAUUAUUGCUGGUCAUUUUAAACUGUAAAUAUUUGUGUAAAAUAUAUGUGAGAUGUUGUUUAUUUGUAAAUAUAUAUAUAUAUAUUCAGUUUAACAAAAUUUGUUGUAUAAAGUUGUACAUUUGAUAUUUUGCCCAAAUUAUAACAAUAAAAUCUUCU